AUGAUCACAGCAAAGAAGCUCAUCAACUUCCUCACCACUUUAGUUCUCUCAAUCCAUUUCUUCCAUUCUGCUGAUGCAAAGAAAUGCAGUCCUUCUGCCUGCGGUGCUAUUCGCAAUAUCAGCUACCCUUUCCGCCUCAAGGGCGACCACAGCCACUGCGGUGAUUCCAAAUAUGAACUAACCUGCAAAAACAACGUCACCAUCGUUUAUCUAAAUGCUUACAAAUACUAUGUCAAAGCAAUAGACUGCCAAAAUUCCACCAUCAGGCUGGUUGAUGCUUCCAUAAACAAAGAUGACAUCUGCUCUUUCCCGAUCCGUUCCUCAUAUGGCUAUAACUUCACCACUCAUUCUUUUUACUCCGUUUAUCCAUACUUCUUUGACCCAAUGCGACAAUUGUUAGUUAACUUGAUUAGCUGCCCCAAUCCGAUACACAAUUCUUCCCUCUUUACUGAUAUUACUCAAGAUUGUGCCUCUAAUUUAUCACAUCAUAGAUUUAGUUAUGUACAUGUUGGGAGCAUCAUGGCCUCGGAGAUACCACAUAUGUGUAUAUUAGAUCUAAUAAUCGCGACGUCAACAUGGCCGGGUUUCAUGGAUCCGCAGAAUGUUUCGCUCUCAAAAAUCCAUCAAUUUCUCUUGUACGGGGCUGUACUCGACAUCUAUAACAGUGAACCAUCCACAAUAUGGGGUAAGAAAGCUGAAACAUUAUAUAUCUUGUUUAAGGGGUGCGAUCAAUUGCUAACUUUCUUAAGUUGCAACUCUGCUGGCUCAACAACUUAA